CCGCGUGCACUGAGCCAAGUGUAAGGAUAGGUGCACGCUAAUCGAUAAUUUCCUCGCAGGGGUCCCAGGGGGUCUCACAAUUAGUACGCUCGCGCUUAAAUUAUUACGUCAACCGUGCUCCUGGGGCAUGUCACAGGUAGAGGCGUGGCAGAUAAUCCUCGUCAUGUGAAACUACAUCUCUCAGUUUGUGCGGGUGUCACCACUGGUGUAAUAUUGCCUAUCUUGCGUACGAAGUAAACAACUGCGAUGCGGGUGCUGUAGUCGUGCGCCGUGUGUGAUUGCGUGUCGGCUGCUGAGCUCUGGCUUUCCGAGCUGGUGUAUUUUGUGUUUCCGCGCGUGUCUGUAACGCUUCUCUCUUGCCCCCAUGAAUAUCCCUCCCGGAGCAGAGAUUUUAUGGACUGACUCUAUCGGAGACCGCCCCAAUAUCGUACAGGAACUGGUCAUUCAGUCGUUGGUGAAGGAAAUGAGCAAGCCGGAGAACAACAUCAACGCUCUGUCCUGGCGGAGGCUACAUCUCAGCAGGGCAAAGCUCAAGGCUUCCAGCAGAACGUCAGCUCUUCUCUCUGGAUUCGCGAUGGUGGCUCUGGUAGAGAUCCAGCUGAGCAAGUCCAUCCCAAAAGAGCUGCUGGUUGCGUUCAGUGUGUGCACAACGCUGCUCGUCUCGGUGCACAUGCUGGCACUCAUGAUCUCGACCUGCAUCCUGCCCAACUUGGAGGCCGUGGCCAGCGUGCACGGCAUAGCCGCGGUCUCCGAGUCGCCCCACGAGAAGAUGCACCUCUACAUCGAGACGGCCUGGGCAUUCUCCACUGUCUUCGGCAUCUUGCUCUUCAUGGCAGAGAUCGCCAUUCUCUCCUGGGUCGUCUUCCACGACUACAGCCGGCAGGCAGCCCUUGCGGCCACCAUCAUCCUCAUACCCGUCGCCAUAGUGUUCGUCAUCUUUGCAGUGCACUUCUACCGACAGCUUGUUACCCACAAGUUUGAGCAGUCGGUGAUGAGCGUCAAAGAACUUGAGAACAUGGUCAGCCAACUUCAAGACGGGGGCGGGACCAGCGCCGACAAUGGAGCGUCGCUUCUCAGUGUUUGAGUUCGGCACUGCCUGACGGACGGUGUACACCCGUUUUGCUGCCACCGCAUGUGCAAGUGGUGUCGUACAGCGAAUGUAAUUUAUUGCUGCACUCGAUGCCAGUCACCGAUUGACAGGCUUGUAUUGUUUGCAACAAAAGCCUGUUCUAUAUGCUGCUUCUUGCGGCUAAUGUAAGGUACGAUGUGCUGAAUAUUAGUCAGCCACUUUGAAUAAGUGCAUUAAUGCCAGAACAUCUAGAAAGCCUUGGCGGCUAUCUAGUUCCUCUCUGCGCCAUGCUUGUACGUUUGUAGCUUGACAAGCAAGCAUAUAUUUUGCCAAGAACGAGAUCCAGAACAUUAAAGACAUAUGGCCAGUAUUACAUUGGGUAACCUUGCACAUGUAUUUACGUGCUGUUAUUGACUAAAAUGUAAGUUCAAAGCUGCAGCACGUCACAUUAUCAGUGACGGUGUCGCUUGCUCAGCCAACGAACUAUUGAGCCUGCAGUGGAAGCGGUGGUAUUGAGACUAAGCUUGCAUGAUGAGUGUUGCUUUUAAGUCUGCGACAUUAUCGCAAAAAUAUUUACCAGCAUUUGUCUGUAGCUUAAGCCUUUCUCUUGGGUAGAGCUGUCAAACUAAACAGUUGGUCAUCCCAACUUGCAUAUUUAAUUUCUUUCUUCAGGCACACUAUAUAUGCGCAUUUGUUUCCUAUUGCUUGAGAUUGUUUACACACACCAAGCAAGUUUGUUCAUUUCUUUUGCUGUUUUCGGAAUGACAAUGUUUGACGAGUCCUAUUAUUGUUAGGCGCUUCAGGUUGUUUGUAUGCAACAAGCAAGUUAACUUAUUUUUCCCUGUUUUUAGAAUGACGAUUGACUAGAUUUAAUAAGAGUUUUAGAGUUGCGGCAGUUCAUCUUUGGAGCCCUAAAGUGCUUUUCACACAGGAGGUACAAGAUUUAGAAUAGGGUUCAAUGUUAGCUCUGUGUGUUUUGCGCUUACAGCGCUAGAAAAGAAAGCUACGACAAUUAAUAAUGAAAAGUUUAUACAAUAAUUUGCCUUUGGUACACGUAUCCUUUAAAACUUUUAUUUAGAAGAUGUAGUGGUAAUGAAUUCACUGGUAGUCAGCAUCAUAUAUGAGAGUCUAAAUUAUGUACCUGCCGUCAUCAGCCAAAACAAUCGAACUUCAUCAUCUUGUCCUCUGAAAUUGACAUCCAAUCAUAAAAACAGUGGCUAUCUUUCCAUCAGUCGUUGUGCCUGGGAUGGGAGAAAAUGAUAGCCUAAACCAGCAUUUACUAAUAUCGUCAUCAGUUGCUUAGAAAUCGAGCCAGUUUUGUCCUAGGCGAGAGUUGUUGCUCCGACAGAUGCUGUCAUGUUCAUUGAAGCAAAGCUUUUAGCGCUAUAUUUGAGAAAUGGGGUGUUUGAUGCAAAGGUGAUGCUGCGUAAUUUGGGGGCAGAGUCGCAGGGGCUACCUGCUUGCGCCAUAGCGAUAACAUUAAUCCAUUAUUUGCUUUGCUGAUAGUGAUGACGUAUGGCGUGUGUUGGCACAGGGGCCAGAUAUGACCGAUGAGUACCAAGACUGCGGUAAUGAUUUUUUGAAGAAGACUUGAAUGGUGAUCUGUAGAUGUGAUGUGGCUGUACAGGGGUCUAAAAAUGGUCACCAUAAAGUGUGCCAAGUGUAUGUCUAUUAAAAUUGUGACUCAUUAGUGAAGUCUCCACUCCACUGAUUAACAAAGCUUCACCUUUUCAGGCCAUAUAAGAAAGUCUCACCACGCGAUAACUUCUCAGUUGUUCUGCUUAUGCAGUGCGAUACUGGGUAUGGGGGGUUGUGGGUAGGUGGCAUUAACAUGUGGAGCAUAAAGGGUGAGCACCUACAUUCACAAAGCGCCAAAAAUGGCAGGCACAACAGACAAGCUGUGCUCAUCCAAAAAUAUUCAUAAUAGGCAGUGGGAAAUUCUUAGCUGGACUAGGACUACAUUUUCUGUUUUUUAAAUUUGUGCAGAAUCACCCUCUUUUCACUGCCCAAAGAGCAUAAGGAACAAAAUUUUAAGCUAAGGAGUGCUUAAAUGCCUUCAGUGCCAAGGUUAUUCUUUCACUGUAACAAUUUCGACAAUGCUGUAGAGAUUUCACUCCAGCUGCCACUUAAAGGGACCGACAACAGGCCAGAAUGUGUUAUUAGAUCCUGGUGGAAAUAAAAAGACCACGAAUUAUAGUGACAGAAUCGAGCAUUCUUUCUUUAUCCGAGUAGUAAUUGUAUUUUGAAAGGGUGUUUAAAAGAUUAAAAAAACCUGUAUGUUGCGCAGCCUAGCAGAAGUGCCUUGAAGCUAAAUUAUGGAGUCGUUAACUUUGCUGUACGUAGUCUGAUGCUUUCAUGCGCACCACAUUUCGUGCUCAAAAUCAGAGUGUGUAUAUUAUUAGUCGUCCCUGCUCUAUUCUGUGCUGCUUACGAGGUAAAAAAAAGUUGCACGCUGAGAAGAGGCGCUGCCUUCGCGUCAAAUAGUGGAACAUGUCGAGCUGCAGCGCAUGCAUGCGGAGUGCACGCAUGCGCAGCGAACUGCCGCGCAGAAACACGAAGAGCUCUCGUGCUCACCUCCCACUGUUUGCAGUAUGUAUUGUGUAUAUACAACUUCAGAAUCGCUGCGAACCGGAAAUUUGGAUUAUAAAUGUUUUAUGGUGUUUUUGAUGUUACCAUUCCGUGAUUAGACACUCUGAUCGAUAAGCUUUCCAUUGCACUAAGGAAAAUGGGUACCAUAAACAUUGGUUUUUGGUCCCUUUAAGCUCUGCAGAGUGCUUGCAAACUCGCAUAGGAAAGAAUGAAGAAUUAGAAUUGUGCACCGAGGUUAUUGGCUGUGGCAACAGGCACGUAAAGUGAACAGCAGUUCGACAAGGUACUAAUUGCAUCGAGCAGUUCACGAGUAAUGAACUCAAUGUAGAUGCUCUCCGCCUAGCACAAGUGUUUCAGCUCUGUGCCAAUGCACGGAACAGAAAGUGUUCAUAUUGAAUCUCUCCUGAUGUGAAGAUCUGUUUUCUUCUUUUAUGUAAAGGAGUUUAAAAUGUA